CGGAUGACAGCGUGCAACUCUGUCAGUGGAGCAACCCAGUGGUGUCGACAGGCAGGGAAAGCCCUCACUGACUGUAAGUACAGUGUCUCCGGUGAAGACCGCCGCUCCGCACUCUUCCGCCGCGACACUGAGGGCUGCGCGUCUGAACGGACUGAAAACCACCCCGAGACAACAACGCAAAGCUGUUGCAUUGAAUCUUUUCGUUUUUAGGGGGACAUGGCUGAUGUAAGUUUGAACGAGUCGUCCUCCGCGGACGUCGCAAAUAGGUUUGCUCGGAAAGGUGCACUGAGGCAAAAGAACGUCCACGAGGUCAAGAACCAUAAAUUUAUAGCCAGGUUCUUCAAGCAGCCGACUUUCUGCAGCCACUGCACGGACUUCAUCUGGGGGUUUGGAAAACAAGGAUUCCAGUGCCAAGUUUGCUGUUUUGUGGUCCACAAGAGAUGCCAUGAAUUUGUCACGUUCUCCUGCCCGGGGGCAGAUAAGGGGCCCGAUACAGAUGAUCCCAGAACUAAGCACAAGUUCAAGAUCCACACCUAUGGGAGCCCCACCUUCUGUGAUCACUGUGGCUCUCUGCUCUACGGCCUCAUUCACCAGGGCAUGAAGUGCGACUCCUGCGAUAUGAAUGUCCAUAAUCAGUGUGUUAUGAAUGUGCCCAGCCUGUGUGGAACUGAUUACACUGAAAGGAGGGGGCGUGUUUACCUCAAGUGUGAGGUCAGCGGAGAUAAACUGCAGGUCACAGUGACUGAAGCCAGAAACCUCAUUCCCAUGGACCCCAAUGGCCUGUCUGAUCCAUAUGUGAAGCUCAAGCUCGUACCAGAUCCCAAAAAUGAGACCAAGCAGAAGACCAAAACGAUCCGCUCCAGCCUCAACCCCAAAUGGAACGAGACGUUCACUUUCAAGCUGAGGAAUACAGAUAAAGACCGCAGACUAUCAGUAGAAGUGUGGGACUGGGAUCGGACCACGAGGAAUGACUUCAUGGGAGCCCUUUCCUUUGGCGUGUCAGAGCUCAUGAAGGCUCCAGUCUGUGGAUGGUAUAAGUUAUUGUGCCAGGAGGAGGGGGAGUACUAUAAUGUUCCCAUCUCAGAGGAGGAUGAUGGUAAUGAGGAACUGAGGCAGAAAUUUGAGGACCAAGCAGUUGUGGAAGACUCUGAUCAGAAAGCCAAACUUGGCCCCACUAAGAAGGUGAUCACUGAGACUGAUGACAGCCACUCCAGCCAGCUCCCAUCAAACAGCCUGAACCAGGUCAAACUCAGCGACUUCAAUUUCCUAGCUGUGUUGGGGAAGGGAAGCUUUGGCAAGGUGAUGCUAGCAGAGAUGAAGACCACUGAAGAGCUGUAUGCUAUAAAGAUUCUGAAGAAGGAUGUGGUAAUCCAGGAUGAUGAUGUUGAAUGUACCAUGGUGGAGAAGAGAGUCCUGGCCCAGCAGGACAAACCGCCCUUCCUCACAUACCUCCACUCGUGCUUCCAGACAGUGGACCGCCUGUACUUUGUCAUGGAGUAUGUGAAUGGUGGAGACCUUAUGUACCAUAUCCAGCAAGUGGGCAAGUUCAAGGAACCUCAGGCAGUGUUCUAUGCAGCAGAGAUCGCUGUUGGUCUCUUCUUCCUGCACAGUAAAGGAGUCAUUUACAGGGAUCUGAAGUUGGACAACGUGAUGCUGGACUCUGAGGGACACAUUAAGAUUGCUGACUUUGGCAUGUGUAAAGAGAACAUGACAGAAGGAGUCAGCACGAGGACCUUCUGUGGCACUCCAGACUACAUAGCUCCAGAAAUCAUAGCAUAUCAGCCAUACGGUCGCUCUGUAGACUGGUGGGCAUAUGGAGUUCUGCUCUAUGAAAUGCUGGCAGGACAGCCUCCAUUUGAUGGUGAAGAUGAGGAUGAGUUGUUCCAGUCCAUUAUGGAGCACAAUGUGUCCUACCCCAAGUCGAUGUCCAAAGAAGCUGUCUCUAUCUGCAAAGGGUUGAUGACUAAACACCCAUCCAAACGUCUGGGCUGUGGCGCUGAGGGAGAGAGGGACAUCAGAGAACACGCCUUCUUCAGACGCAUCGAUUGGGAACGCCUCGAGAACAGAGAGAUACAGCCCCCCUUUAAGCCUAAAGUGUGCGGCAAAGGAGCAGAGAACUUUGACAAGUUCUUCACACGCACCCAGCCCCAGCUCACACCGCCAGAUGAGCUGGUUAUUGCCAACAUUGACCAGGCCGAGUUCGCAGGGUUCUCUUUCAUCAACCCACAGUUUGUACACCCGUCGCUCAACAACAGCGAAUGAGAAGGAUGGGAAAACCUCUGUGAGGAACCUUUCUGCUCAUUGCUACCCAUUCAAACCAACCACCCACCUAACAUCUGACUACGAUUCGAUCCUAAUGUGUUGGUGUUAUUCCUAAGCAGGAUUCUAGGGCAUGCACAUUUUGCCAGUAUAUAUUAUGGAUUGGAAAGGCUGUAUUUGUCUACAAUUUAAGAAAUGUAUUUCUCUGCUUAUAAAUCUCAAUGGACUAAAGUUAUAUUCUACAGAAAUAAUUGGCAGGUUGUAAAUUGUAUCUACUUGGAUAAUCACAGUAUGGAUAUUAUGCGAUAACCUGAGAAGCACUCGUUAGGCAGUGUAGAUGCUAUAGCCAAAUAUGAAGGAGAGGCGGUGCAGGCGUUUAAACAGCACCUUGUUGUUCAAUGUUUCCUGUAUAAUGUUUACAGUUUUUUUCUCCUUUGAUUUCAUGGUGGUGGUGUAACAUGAAAUGUUUUUACUAAUUGAUUCUAGCCAGUCUCAACUUCCAGUGUGUGUGUAGCAAGCCAACUGAAGGAUUAACGGUGAGGUUCUAAAACAUAUGCAGCCUGUAAACUCAUAGGUAUCAAAGUGUUGCAUCAUUUUGGCAACAAGUUCACUUGGCUUUACUAUUAUCAGCCACUUUGACCUGAUUGUGACACAAUAAUAGUGUAAGCUCCCAAUCCCUUGUCCUUAUUAAGGUUCAGCUUGUAUACUUUCCUUGUCAAUGAUUUUGUGGACAGUAUGGACACACAAGUUUAACAGUGGCAGUCUUAUUAACCUACCUUGAAAUCAAACAGUUUACAGUUUGUCAUAGUCUAACACUUUUUAGAGUUAAUCACUGUUUUGUCCCAUGCUACAGCCACAGAGCUUCACAUUGGUCUUAAAUGUUGUAACAGAGACUGUAAAGAAACUUUCAAUUGCUGAACACUGACAUUUUGUAUCAGUGUGCAUUAACCAUAAAAUAUUUUAUUGAAUACGGUGUCAGCAGCUCAAAAGCUGAUAAAACACUGAAAUUCGAUACAAAAAUUUGGUACCACAUUUGAAAUCCUUUCACAUUGUGUUGCUGUAAUGAGAACAAACAUGUCUUUCAUUUGGAGUCUAGGUAGCCAUUAUUAGUUAAAUCAGUUUUUGUUUUGUUUUUGUUUUUUUUUACUGUUUUUACAGGUUUGAUCUUACUCUCAUACCGUAUUUUUCCAUUAUAGCAGAAUAAUAUUUUAAUGUACCUAAAACUGGUGUGUAUCUCAUCUGUAAAUAAUUGCAAGUUCUUUAAAAAAGGAAAAGAAAGUAUAGCAAGUUACAGUUUUAUACCAACACCUGAAUGUGCUUUUAUUACAUCAAUUAGAUAAGCCAAUACUUGUAUGUUAAAAGCCCAGUACAGAUCAGCACUGUAACAGUUUCUUUAACAGAGUCCACAUUUAGAAAGUUGUGAAACAUUUCUUCUACUCUUUGUCUGAAUUAUAUAAAAUUCUUCUUUUUUAAAAAGAUAAUUUCGAGCGAUUUUGACUGCAAAUUGUGUGUUGAUUGGAUACACGUCUGGCUGUUGACCGUCCCUUCGUAUCUGCAUGCUGUUGGUAGGCAUCAUUCAUGCACGUGAUACGUUAUGGUAAAUGCUGCAUGCUAAAAAAGUACGAAACUCCAAAGAAUAACAAUGUCACAGUAAUCAAAAUCGUGGUUUACAGUAAGAUCCACUCCUUAUAAUCUUUAAUGUUUUUACUGGUUUCUUAAAGAAUGGUGACCGUGAUUAGCUUAACUAUAUGCUGGCUAAAAAAAAUCCUUCUGAUAGCACUUCACUCUGGAACAAGUUGUCAAAAUGUUAGUAGUAAUGUCUCAAACUGCUCCUGCUUGCUCUGAUUCUGUAUGCGCUGUUUAGUACAAACUGUAUUUUUUUUUUUCUCAAAAAUGCACUAUUUCCAUCUCAAUUCGCCCACACAGCUCCAAACAAACCCACAUUCAGCUUGUUUGUAGGUCUUGCCUUUUGAGUGUUAAACAGUCAAAAGAUUAGAUAGUAAAAACAACUCGCUCCUUUCUCUUCUUUUACACCUUUUCCUUUACCUCAAUCGAAAAUGUCAUAAAGUCAGGAAAAAAGGUUAAGGAUAAUCUGUAGGGACUUAAGAGAAACAACAGUGGUGCUAGGAGAAUGUGACCCCUACUUGCAGGCUGCUGACCUGGAUGCAACCACAAUGUUCCAAAACUCCACUAGCAGUUCAUCUUAGAGAGACCACAUCUGAAGUAUGUAGGCUGUAUAAAUGUGGAUAAACCAGUAAAAGGUGUUACUUCAUUACCAAGGUUGGAUUUAUUCAAUCCUAUAGAUUUAACAUAUUGUUGAAAUCCCAAAACACAUAAUUGUAUUAGGAGGUUUAUGGACAACACAGCAGUGAUUUGCAAGUGGUCUGCAUCCCUUAGCAGCAAUGUUGAUUGUUAGCUUUUAAGAUUUCUUUAGUAAAGGAUUCUCUAGUAUAUUAUAUGCCAAAGUAGAUAAGAAAGGAAGCAAGGACGCACUAAAAAACCUUUCCUUUGCAGUCAGAGAAUUCGACCAUCUGUUACUGUGGUUGCUGUUUAAAUAACUGGUCAAAAGACAAUUUCACCUAAAACCAGAUUUAAGGUGGGCCGUUACACAUCCCUGCCGAUUAUUAUCGCUGCUUAACUGAGAAAACUAGCCAGCCGUCUCAGUCAAGACAGUGCAGAUAGAUUGGUAAUUGUGAAAACAAGCUACAAGAACAACAGUGAUUUGCCAAAAGAAUGCAGAUCACAGGAUUUGAAUGCUAUAGAAUAGACAUUUAUUAUAAAUGUAAAUACAUCUAGUAAUAGCAGAUAGACUUAAACUGCUUUUUAAAUUCUUUCAUGAGACCUAGUCGCUGUCACAGGGCUUAGAUCAGUGCUGUCUUCUGUAGAAGCUUGAUAUACUGCAUAUAUAUUGUAUAGAUAUAUAUAUGCACGCGUAUACACUUCAUGUCCCCAUGCUCCUUUUGCCUUUACCUAAGAGAAUUUGGAACACAGAGUCCAGAUCUUUGGUGAGUUUUGGCUUAGACGCUCUGAUAAUUGGUAGAUCAGUGGGACCACGCGCUCUCUAGUGUCUCAUGUAUGUUUAUUAUAAUCUUAAUGUUGUGUUGUUGUUGCUUUUUUUUCCUUUUUGUUUUUUUGCGCUCAUUUUUUGUUGUCAGUUUUAUUUCUCUGGCAUCUGCACAAUUCAGGAAUGUUUCAAAGGAUGUAUCUCAAUAUCAUACUGCAAAGCUUAUAUCUAACUGAUAUAGAUAGGAUAGAUAUUGUUUGAAUGUAACUGAACAUAAUAUUUUGUCAAUAUUUUGGUCCGAUCUCUCCUGGUUUGUUUCCCAUCUUAUACGGACAUUUGCAUGUGCCAAACCUGGAAAACACCGGAAUUUGAAAAUUGCAGCGUCGCACUAGCUGCGGUCACCAAAACAACUUUGUUUGGCAGCUUCUAAAGGCAUACGCUGCUUGCUAUACAGUCAGUUGGCCACAUUACAGUAGCAUGCUAACACGAGUAUACCAGUGCACAUUGUGUCAGUACACUUGACAAUGCCAGUCGGUUUGAUAAUCAACUUAUCCUGCACGUUGUUCCCUUUGGGCAGAACAUUUCAUUUGGUAGAGCGUUUGAUAUUCACAGUGAAUUACAGAGAAAUGAGAGAAAAUAUUCCUUGUACAUACUCAGAGUUUGCUCAGCAGCAGUCUUGCCCUUGUCUAAACCUAACUUGCACCUCUGUAUGUGACAAGUGCUGACUUAAUAGCCUAGCUUCAUCCCUUUAAUAGAAUCUCUGUUGACUUGCUGUGUUUUCAAAAUGUCAAGUCACAGUCGGUGUGGGCAUAAAGAUUAUUCCUCCCUUGUGUGCCUUUCCCAGCUUGUACACCUAUACUGUACAUAUUCUUUUUACUCUUUGUCUACCACGCCCUAACCUGAAGUCUCUUUUCCAUUUUUACUUCAUAUCACAACUCAGCGUCUCAGAUCUUAAUGUUAAAUGUGUUUUCAAACUAGGUAAUUAAUAAAAAUAAUAAUAAUAAUUCACAUGAAUGUAAUUUUAAAGUUUUUUUGUCACUGUCACAAUAACCUUUAAAACUGGAUUCAUCCUUGCGUGUCUCCUACAUUUACCUCCCUGUGCCUAUUUAUGACUGUACAACAUGGCGAAUUAAUUAAUAUUCUGUAUCAAAAAUAUCAAAAGAUGACUCUUGUUGAUGGAUGAGUGAAGAAAGAAUGAACAGGUGAUGAAUUGGGUUAAGCGAAAUGAAUGACAGGAGAGAUGAUAAUUGCUCGUUUUGAAGAACAACUCCCGUGCCUCAUCAUAUUGAACCAUCCCUCCUUUGUCCUCUCUUUGAAUCAAUCUGUAGUUCCUUCCUCAGUGCCUGGGCCAUGUAAAUCCAUUUCCUCAUUGAUAGUAUCCCCCACCUUUUAAAUCCUAGGGUAGUGGUUAUUGUAUCACUUUGUGAGUCUGCGUGUGUCAUCAAGACUAAAUGUGGUCCUGGAGACACCUACUGUAGUGGGAACUACCACAACAGCAGGUCAACACAGUAACAUCACAACUUUACAGGUGUGUAGUUGGGAUCAAACGCAGUUGUGGUCUAAACCAUGAGUUCUCAAAAAAAGAUUGGGAGUAGGGGUGCAAGAGGCCCAUGGACCCCGUCUGUUAUCACGGCCCUAUCAAACAGUCUUUUGUAUUGUAUAUGUAUUUGUUAAUCACCAUAUGAAGCGUCAUAUUUGGUGUAUAAACACAAUAUUUUCCUCUAUGGGGCUAAUCCUACAACUCCUUGGUGCUGCAGCUGGUUUGAUCCCAUCACAAGUUGGUCUCUAGUUUCUAGUUCACGCAAUUGACUCAACAGAGACGGCAUCAGCCCAAGACCUUUCAGGUUUCUCUGGGUUUGACUAAUGCACCACAGGAAAGAAAUUAGCCAAAAUUAUUUGUUCUUUUACAUUUUUUACAUGUCCUCAACUUUUUGAAUUUAGUUAGGGUUAGGUUUAAAGAUAUGGUCAUACAGCUGUGGUUUCAAGAUUUUAUUUAAAUUUAUAGAUUUUAAUUAGUCCUUCUGUCUGUCCUUUUCUGUGGAUGAAUCUGGUAUGACGUCUUCUUUGUAGUUAGUCAUCACUCUGCUGUUUCCUGCUCGCUGUGAAUUAAGAGAGUUUAAAGUAAACUGUCCUCUUGGCCAAACAGAGCAUAAGAUCAGUGAUGUGCAAGAAUGCCUUAUAUCUUAAUCCACAGUGUAACCAGUUCUCCCACUUUCCUCUGUUCAGUUAUAAACUCUGAACCCCCCUGUCCUGUACAUAAAUGACUUAAAUUAGAUAUCUACAUAGACUGUAAAAGAAAGAACAUAUUGUAUUUUGCAAAUGGUGUAUGUUUGUUAUUUUUUCCCUUGUCAGCCUGAAACCUUUAAAAUGAGUCUGAGCUACUUACCUUGUAAUUGAUUGUGUCAUUUGUACCUAAUGUAUGAUAAUGCAAAUAAAAAAAGCAAAAUGAG